AUGCAGCAAGAUGACCCACCCAACCACACAAAGCACAGACCCUGGACCAGAUCCCAUGCUGAUCAAGAUCUGCCCGGCAAACCUAGUGUGUGUUGCUGCCGAACAAGACAAGAUGACAAACUGUUAAGAAAGAAAAUUCUGAGGCCAGGUCGUGGGGAGGACUCAAAACCACUCCCUGGGCAACAGGUAACAGUGUACCUUAUGGGUAUUUUGGAAGACGGGUGUCUGGUGGAGAAAGAUCCAAAACUGUCCUUUGUUCUGGAUGAAGGUGACGUUAUACAGGCUUUAGAGUUGGGUGUUCGAUCGAUGCAGUUGGGAGAAGUGGCAUUCCUGCUGACAAAUGGCCUUUAUGCCUUUGGUCUUCUGGGAAGGGACCCAGACAUUCCUUCAGAUGCCUCUUUACUCUACAAAGUGACUUUACUUGAAGUCAGAGACAAGCCCAGCCUGGUCGCUCUCACCUCUGCUGACCGCAUUACUCUAGGGAACCAGAAACGGGAAUGUGGAAAUUUCCAUUUUGAGCGUGAAGAAUAUCGAAGUGCCAUGCACUCUUAUAGCCAAGCACUGACUAUCCUCACACCCAGCACUGCAGAACCACUGAGCUCAGAGGAAGAAGAGGAGAUUCGUGAGCAUCGAAUCAAAUGUCUGAAUAACCUGGCAGCCACCCAGCUGAAGCUUCAUCACUAUGAUGACGUCAUUAAUUCCUGCAAUGCAGUGCUAGAGAUGGAUAAAGACAAUGCAAAGGCACUUUAUAGGAAAGGCAAGGUCUUAUCAGAGAGAGGUGAAUUUGAAGGAGCCAUGCCUAUCCUUAAACAAGCACUAAAAUUGGAGCCUACAACAAAGGCAAUCCAUGCAGAGCUUUCUAAGCUGGUAAGGAGACAAAAAGGACAGCCUGAAGUCACCAAAUCCCUGGUGAGAACUAAACCCAAAGCUCAUCUUAAGCUUAGAGAUGACUUAAAUCCGCUUAUUCGUCAUAGCUCAAGAGAGAAGGUAACCAACAGAAUGCUGCUUGUUGGCGCUGUUGCUGCAGCAUUACUAAGUUUACUGGCAACUUUCAUCCUUGUGCAGAACACCUGAAUAUUGAUGUUUGCUGGACAAUGCUCAGUUGUAAUUUAUGGUUGUGCAGAUAACAUAUGAUGACUGAAGACUUGAUACUUUUAUAUUAUUGAAGCUGUGUCUAGUAUUGCAUUCUCAGCCAUCACCACCACACAUGGAGACAACAGGCCCUCCAAACUCUUCUGGUGGAAGGACUGUGGGAUUGAAGCAAGCAAGAUGGCGAGUACUGAUUGAAAAGGAUUAUAUUCUUUUAACAUUCCUAGCACUAUAAUUAUUUAUAAAGCUUUUUCUGCAUUAAAGUGAAUGUUCAUAUUUUAGGUCCAAAAUUGUAUGCUGAUUUUCUAAUAUUUCUUUAAAGAAGUUGGAUCUCUGUUAUUUUGAAACAGAGCGCCAAACCCUCUACAUAGACAUAAAUCUGAAAAAUAAAUAAAUAAUAACAUUUUUGACAUCUGCAGCAUCCAAUAGAAAGAACAUACUGCUUAUAGCUUUAUUAUUAGGUUCAAUGUAUAACAGUAUACACUAUGUUCUAAAAACAUACAUUAGUUUUAGGUAAUUUUUCAGGAUAAGCUGUCAUGUGUACAUGAGGAGUAGAAUUAUUUCUAGCCAUUAUAUUACUGGUAUAUGGAAUUUUAGGGGUUUUAGCUCUACUAGCAUUUUUUAUUUUUAUUUGUCAUCAAGUUAAUGGGUGAAGACUAGCUGCUAUGAUGUCUCCCAUAACCUGCACACAGACAUACACAUACAUAGAAUUAGGGCUCAUACUACUCUAUAUCCCUAUACAUAUCCAUAGUAGCAACAGCAGCUGACAGUAUGACAUUAUAGAGCAGUACUGAGCAGUUUAAGCUUUACAUCUAGUACUGGGAUGAUGUAAAACACUCACUGCAAGCUGCUAAAUCCUCUGGGGGUUAUUUAUCAAUAAUGGUCUUGGCUAGAUCAUUUUUGUUGUUUGUCUAGAUGCGUUUUUAUUUUUCUGGCGGUGCUGCUCCAAAUUUAUCACAUUGUCCCAGUAACCAUGAUAAAUUUUGCGCACAUCUACACCCAGAUCAUUUUCUACCGCUGCUUUCGGAUCACUUCUACCCUGCUUCUGAGGAGCUUGUUUAUCUGUGCAUUUGGCUUUACAGGGGUAUUCCAGGAAAAAACAUUUUAUCCCCUAUCCAAAGCAUAGAGGAUAAGAUGUUUGAUCAUGGGGGGCCUUCACGCCCCCUCCCAUAGACAUGAAUGGAGGGGGCAUGGCGUGAGGUUUCCGAAACUGUAGACGUAGCUCCCGGAGAGAAUGCGGGUGCUGCAGGGAGAUCUAGGGGGGUCCCAGCGGCGGCCCCCCGCGAUCAGACAUCUUAUCCCCUAUCCUUUGGAUAGGGAAUAAAAUGUUUUUGGCCGGAAUACCCCUAUAAUUGUUUUAGCUUUAAAUUUAAGGCAAAUUAAUGUCUAAAAUAGUGUCUGCAAAGAGAGUCUCCCUCACAUUCAAAUAGUGAUUUACCUGGCCGCAGGCCAGGGAAAAAAAAGACUUUAGUGAUCAAGAGACGGAGGUUUUAGUUGAACAAGUUUUUAUUUUAUUUUUAUUUUUUUAUACCUUUCACCUUUUUUUUAUUUUUUUUAUUUUGUUAUCACUUUGUCAGAUAUUUUUUUAAACUUGGGCGCAUGAAAUUGUGAGAUGUUGGCAAUUGCUAACAAUCUUAUUGUUUCUUACAUCGCUACCAUUCCUUUUUUGUACCUUAAAAAAUAUAUCUGAUUAUUUCACAUUUAACUGCUUUACUUUUCCUUUGCACGUUUUUAAAAUUUUUAACUUUUUAUGUCUUUAAAUGUUCUUAUUCUCUACCUUAUUCUCUCUCUCUCUCUCUCUCUCUCUCUCUCUCUCUCUCGCUUUCUCUCUCUCUCUCCCUCUCUUUCACUCUGGCUGAUGAUUUUUUAUUUUUUGCAGACAGGAAUAGUAAUCUUUCUUAAACCUGGUCGGGAGGUGGUGUAGAUUUGCGUUUUUUUUUGCACCAGUUACGGCAAAAUUUGCUCAAAAAUCAAAAACAGGCAGAUAAUAAAUUCGUGACCACUGCAUCCGUCAAUUAAAAAAAUGGUCUAGCAACACCAAAAGGUCAAAAUGACUGAAUUUAGAACUUUGAAAGAAAAAAAAUGCAAAAAAAAAACCCCUGCAAUUAGCGCAAAAAACCCCCUGAAAAUCGCAAAUGUAGUCCAAAAAAAGCAGUAGAACACAAUGAUAAAUAUCCCCCUCUGUCUUUUUCCAGCCAUUUCCACUUCCACCCUCCUCACUUCAUAGACCUCUAUGGCAGCUGUUACCUGAUAUUUUAGUUAAAUUAUUAAUCUUGAGAAGAAUUUAAGAUGGCUUUUAGUAUUCCCUAAUAAAACUUAAAUACACCUGUGCUAUUGAUUUAUGCAAAGUUUUCUGAACAUUUAAUGACCAUUUAAGCUUUCUCUAGUUUUGACUGCAGUUGUUGAGAUUUCAAUGUCUAUGAAAAAGAUUUGGAGCUAUGUAUCAAAAAAAGUCCAUAUUUUCUUAAAAUACAGUAAUGCCCAAAGAUCACACAACUCCCAGUAAGGCCAACGAGGGUUACACAAAUUGUGUAUAACAACUAGCUUGGCUGUUUUUGGCUUCCAGGCAACCUCUGGCAGCUACAGGGGGGGUCAAUAGGCCUUAAAGGUGUACUCCGGUGAAAACCUUUUUUCUUUUAAAUCAACUGGU